AUGGACAAUAAUAAACAUAACGUUUCAGCUGUCUUUUAUUUGUCUCGUCACUGGAGAUCUCCACCUUCAUAUGGUCCGCUUCGUCUUGCGGACGACGAAGCUGGUAAACUUAUGGCCGAUCAUAUUCCAGCCACUUUGUUGUUCCAGGAUGUCAGUUAUUAUGUUGGGGAAAAACAAGUUCUUAACUCGAUACACGGAAUGGUUAGGCCUGGUGAGGUUAUGGCAAUUAUGGGGGGUUCUGGAGCGGGUAAAACAACAUUUCUGGAUAUCUUAGCUAGAAAAAACAAGGCUGGUGUCAUAAGUGGGGAAAUAUAUGUUAACGGAAGAACCGUUGAAGAUGAGAUUUUCAAGAAGGUAGUCGGUUAUGUCGACCAAGAAGAUCAUCUUCUUUCGACAUUGACCGUAUAUGAAACAGUUUUGUAUUCCGCACUCUUACGAUUGCCUCGAGAAAUGUCAUUCGAAGCCAAAAGGUUUAGGGUCUUGGAGACAAUGAGCGAAUUAGGAAUUUUGGCAAUCAAAGAUUCACGAAUAGGGGAUGCAGGUACACGAUCCAUUUCGGGUGGUGAGAAGCGCCGUGUCUCUAUAGCCUGUGAACUAGUCACGUCGCCUUCAAUUCUUUUCCUUGAUGAACCAACCUCGGGAUUAGAUGCUUACAAUGCAUACAAUACAAUAUCAGCAAUUCGUAAUAGGGCAUCGAUUCAUGACAUUCAAGAUUUGCAACUAUAUUCACCACAUCGGCCGCAAACCGAAAAUUCCACAAAUAACACGAUACCUAUUGAAUUAAAUAAUCGUGAUAGACGAAAUGCAGAUUCUCCUGAUGUAGAGAUUAAUGGAUUUGGUGAUGAGAUAAGUGAACACCUACGAAUGCUGGUUACUAGCUAUCGUAGAAGCCUAAUCGCACUGGGAAUUAAAGAUGAAAUUGACCGUGCUGUACAUAAGUAA